CAGCUGUUAAGCGGACACACCGUGUUUCAGCACUGCCGUUAAAAAAGCAUUGUCCAACACAACCCCACGUGGAUGUUUUUUUAAGAUCUGCAAAUGGAAGUCGACGAGGAAAAACCACAGACUAUUGUGGAUAAUCCCAAUGAGAACGUGAUACGAGAACGCAACGCGGAAAUCGUUUCCGGCGGCAAUGUCUUCUACAAUCCUGUUCAGGAAUUUAACCGGGAUCUGAGCAUCGCAGUCCUGAAUGUUUACCACCAGAGAUUAGCGAAGGAGAGGAUUGAGAAGGCGCUGAAAAAGCAGAGAAAGAAGGUGAAAGCGGAGGAAGAUGGACAGCCUACUCCUGUGCCUGAAAAACCACCUGUUUAUGAGGCCGGCACUCGCUAUGAAGAUGGUCUGCGGAUCCUGGAGGCCCUGGCAGCCACCGGAUUGCGGAGCAUCCGUUACGCCCAGGAAAUUGCUGGAGUCCGGCAGAUUGUGGCCAACGAUCUUUCCCGCCAAGCAGUUGAAUCCAUCAACAAGAACAUCCAGCACAACAAGGUGGAGGAGCUAAUAGAACCCAGCCAUUCGGAUGCCAUGACCUUGAUGUAUCUUUCGACUCAUCCCGAGAAGCGCUUCGAUGCCGUGGACCUGGAUCCGUAUGGAUGUCCGAAUCGCUUUCUGGAUGGCGCUAUGCAGUGCCUUGUGGAUGGUGGUCUUCUUCUGGUCACUGCCACCGACAUGGCCGUGCUGGCCGGAAACGCUCCAGAGGCGUGUUAUGUGAAAUACGGAUCGGUGCCGCUGCGGAUGAAGUGCUGUCACGAGAUGGCACUACGCAUCUUGCUUCAUUGUAUCGAGACCCAUGCAAAUAGGCACGGAAAGUACAUUGAGCCACUGCUAAGCAUUUCAGCGGACUUUUACGUUCGGAUAUUCGUACGAGUGUACGUCGGCCAAGCUCAGUGCAAGCUGUCGAUGAGCAAGCAGUCUUGGAUUUAUCAGUGCACCGGCUGCGAGACCUUUACUCUACAGCCCUUGGGCAUUACGAAACCCAACCCCACAGCAGGAAAUCCUCAGCAGCUGAAGUUCGGCAUACCCACUGGACCGGCGGUCAACUCACAGUGCGAGCACUGUGGUCACAGGCACCACCUCGGUGGACCCAUUUGGUCAGCUCCGAUUCAUAAUCCAGAGUUCGUCCAGGAUCUGCUUAAUGCCGUGCAAUCACCGCCAUUGGAAUCUCUGGGUACCCAGAGGAGGAUCGUCGGGGUGCUUUCCAUGGUCCAAGAGGAACUGCAAGAUGUUCCACUCUACUACACUCCGGACAAAUUGUGCUGCGUUCUCAAGCUGGAGAUUGUGCCAAUGCUGAAGUUCCGGUCUGCAAUCCUCCACGCUGGUUAUCGAGUCUCCUACUCGCAUGCGUCGAAGAACUCCCUGAAAACCAAUGCACCGCCAGCCGUUCUAUGGGACAUUCUGCGCAGCUGGAGCAAACGGCAUCCAGUGAAUCCCGAAAGGAAGAUUCCUGGGACCCCUUUGGAGGCCAUACUUUCGAAGGAAUGCACCACUGACUACGAGUUUGACGAUCUUCAUCCGGAGGCCAAUCCCAAGAGCCGAAAAUCGGCACUGUCCCGCUUCCAGGAGAAUCCAACACCACAUUGGGGACCAGGAACCCGAGCCACUAUUAUGAUUGGCGACAACAAACUGCCCAAGAGCUAUCGUAACCAGAACAAGAAGCAGCGUCAUAAAGCGUCGCAACAGCAGCAGGAUGAGGACCAAAAGGAUGCCCCACCAGCGGUGGAAGAUGAAGCUGAUGCGGGGCACCUCGCCAAGCAACCCAAGCUGGAGGCAACUGCGUGA